CCGGCCGCGUCCUCCGGGUAUGGAAGUAGGCGGCAAGCCCAACUCUUCGUCUAACAGCCGGGACGAUGGCAACAGUGUCUUCCCCGCCAAGGCGUCCGCGACGGGCGCGGGUCCGGCCGCGGCCGAGAAACGCUUGGGCACCCCGCCGGGGGGCGGCGGGGCCGGCACGAAGGAGCACGGCAACUCCGUGUGCUUCAAGGUGGACGGCGGCGGUGGAGGCGGCGGCGAGGAGCCGGCUGGAGGCUUCGAGGACGCCGAGGGGCCCCGGCGGCAGUACGGCUUCAUGCAGAGGCAGUUCACCUCCAUGCUGCAACCCGGAGUCAACAAAUUCUCCCUCCGCAUGUUUGGGAGCCAGAAGGCGGUGGAAAAGGAGCAGGAAAGGGUUAAAACUGCAGGCUUCUGGAUUAUCCACCCUUACAGUGAUUUCAGGUUUUAUUGGGAUUUAAUAAUGCUUAUAAUGAUGGUUGGAAAUCUAGUCAUCAUACCAGUUGGAAUCACAUUCUUUACAGAGCAAACAACAACACCAUGGAUUAUUUUCAAUGUGGCAUCAGAUACAGUUUUCCUACUGGACCUGAUCAUGAAUUUUAGGACUGGAACUGUCAACGAAGAUAGUUCUGAAAUCAUCCUGGACCCCAAAGUGAUCAAGAUGAAUUAUUUAAAAAGCUGGUUUGUGGUUGACUUCAUCUCAUCCAUCCCAGUGGAUUAUAUCUUUCUUAUUGUAGAAAAAGGAAUGGAUUCAGAAGUUUACAAGACAGCCAGGGCACUUCGCAUUGUGAGGUUUACAAAAAUUCUCAGUCUCUUGCGUUUAUUACGACUUUCAAGGUUAAUUAGAUACAUACAUCAAUGGGAAGAGAUAUUCCACAUGACGUAUGAUCUUGCCAGUGCAGUGGUGAGAAUUUUUAAUCUCAUCGGCAUGAUGCUGCUCCUGUGCCACUGGGAUGGUUGUCUUCAGUUCUUAGUACCACUACUGCAGGACUUCCCACCAGAUUGCUGGGUGUCUUUAAAUGAAAUGGUUAAUGAUUCUUGGGGAAAGCAGUAUUCAUAUGCACUCUUCAAAGCUAUGAGUCACAUGCUGUGCAUUGGGUAUGGAGCCCAAGCCCCAGUCAGCAUGUCUGACCUCUGGAUUACCAUGCUGAGCAUGAUCGUCGGGGCCACGUGCUAUGCCAUGUUUGUCGGCCAUGCCACUGCUUUAAUCCAGUCUCUGGAUUCUUCGAGGCGACAAUAUCAAGAGAAGUAUAAGCAAGUGGAACAAUACAUGUCAUUCCAUAAGUUACCAGCUGAUAUGCGUCAGAAGAUACAUGAUUACUAUGAACACAGAUACCAAGGCAAAAUCUUUGAUGAGGAAAAUAUUCUCAAUGAACUCAAUGAUCCUCUGAGAGAGGAGAUAGUCAACUUCAACUGUCGGAAACUGGUGGCUACAAUGCCUUUAUUUGCUAAUGCGGAUCCUAAUUUUGUGACUGCCAUGCUGAGCAAGUUGAGAUUUGAGGUGUUUCAACCUGGAGAUUAUAUCAUACGAGAAGGAGCCGUGGGUAAAAAAAUGUAUUUCAUUCAACAUGGUGUUGCUGGUGUCAUUACAAAAUCCAGUAAAGAAAUGAAGCUGACAGAUGGCUCUUACUUUGGAGAGAUUUGCCUGCUGACCAAAGGACGUCGUACUGCCAGUGUUCGAGCUGACACAUAUUGUCGUCUUUACUCACUUUCUGUGGACAAUUUCAACGAGGUCCUGGAGGAAUAUCCAAUGAUGAGGAGAGCCUUUGAGACAGUUGCCAUUGACCGACUAGAUCGAAUAGGAAAGAAAAAUUCAAUUCUUCUGCAAAAGUUCCAGAAGGAUCUGAACACUGGUGUUUUCAACAAUCAGGAGAACGAAAUCCUCAAGCAGAUUGUGAAACAUGACAGGGAGAUGGUGCAGGCAAUCGCUCCCAUCAGUUAUCCUCAAAUGACAACCCUGAAUUCCACAUCGUCAACUACGACCCCGACCUCCCGCAUGAGGACACAAUCUCCACCGGUAUACACAGCGACCAGCCUGUCUCACAGCAACCUGCAUUCCCCCAGUCCCAGCACACAGACCCCCCAGCCAUCAGCCAUCCUUUCACCCUGCUCCUACACCACCGCGGUCUGCAGCCCUCCUGUACAGAGCCCUCUGACCGCUCGAACUUUCCACUAUGCCUCCCCCACCGCCUCCCAGCUGUCACUCAUGCAACAGCAGCCUCAGCAGCAGGUACAGCAGUCCCAGCCGCCGCAGACUCAGCCACAGCAGCUGUCCCCGCAGCCACAGACACCUGGCAGCUCCACGCCGAAAAACGAAGUGCACAAGAGCACGCAGGCGCUUCACAACACCAACCUGACCCGGGAAGUCAGGCCCCUCUCCGCCUCUCAGCCCUCGCUGCCCCAUGAGGUGUCCACUCUGAUUUCUAAACCUCAUCCCACUGUGGGCGAGUCCCUGGCCUCCAUCCCUCAACCCGUGACGGCGGUCCCCGGAACGGGCCUUCAGGCAGGGGGCAGGAGCACUGUCCCGCAGCGCGUCACCCUCUUCCGACAGAUGUCGUCGGGAGCCAUCCCCCCCAACCGAGGAGUCCCUCCAGCACCCCCUCCACCAGCAGCUGCUCUUCCGAGAGAGUCUUCCUCAGUCUUAAACACAGACCCAGACGCAGAAAAGCCACGAUUUGCUUCAAAUUUAUGAUCCCUGCUGAUUGUCAAAGCAGAAAGAAAUACUCUCAUAAACUGAGACUA